GGCCUGGAUAUGGAUGCUGCCGAUGUAAUUGCGCGAUCGAGCUAGCUAGCAAGCUAAUACGGUCUUCGCCUUGUUUACAAACAAAAGACUGGUAUCAUUUUGUACCGUAAGCUCAUGGAUAGACUAUGCGAUUUCAUUUUACGAGAAGGGCUACCAUACCGAGCCUGUAAUGCACCUUCAUAUGAUCAGUGCGGAAGCUGCUUUCUUUGAUUAGUCUGGUUCUCUCUAUUCCCCUUCAGCUGGUUACUUCUUAGCAGUUUUAAACAGAAAUGGGAAAUCCAAGCGAUCAAAUAAUUCUCGCCACUGCCGGCUAUGACCAAACUAUUCGUUUCUGGCACGCACACACGGGUAUUUGCCACCGCACUGUCCAACAUCAAGAAUCGCAAGUCAAUCAUUUGGAAAUCACCCCGGACAGGAGUUUAUUAGCUGCUGCAGGUUACCAGCACAUCCGUAUGUAUGAUAUCAACUCAGGAGACACCACACCAAUCAUCAACUAUGAGGGAAUCCCUAAGAAUGUUACAUCGGUUGGGUUCCAGGAGGAAGGCAAAUGGAUGUUCACAGGUGGAGAGGACUGCACUGCUAGGAUAUGGGAUCUCAGAGCACAUAACUUGCAUUGUCAGAAGAUCUUUCAAGUCAAUGCCCCUGUGAACUGUGCUUGCCUACACCCAAACCAAGGAGAGUUAAUUGUUGGUGAUCAAAGUGGAACUGUUCACAUUUGGGAUUUACGGAGUUGCCACAACGAACAGCUGGUUCCAGAGCAGAAUUCCUCUAUCCAGUCGAUAGCCAUAGACCCUGAGGCUACUCAUAUGGCAGCAGUCAACAACAAAGGCAAUUGUUACGUCUGGAGGAUCACCCAAGGCCAGGGUGACAACGCCCUCUCACAGCUCCAUCCAAAGACAAAGAUCCCCGCUCACAAGAAGUAUGCCCUCAAGUGCAAGUUCAGUCCGGACUGCACGUUAUUAGCAACUACAUCAGGAGACAAGACGGUUAAAAUCUGGAGGACAGCAGACUUUUCUCUUCUGCAAACGUUAAGUGUUGACAUGCAGCAAUGGGUGUGGGACUGUGCAUUCUCAUCUGAUUCACAAUAUGUAGUCACAGCAUCAUCUGAUAGGACAGCUAGGUUAUGGAGCAUAGCAGAAGGAGAGGUCAAACGAGAGUUUAAUGGUCAUCAAAAGGCUAUUACAUCCCUAGCUUUCUGUGACAACAUCACCCCAUAGAUUACCCACCACCCUACUGCAUUGUUAUCAUAGCAACAUAGAGGAGAUGGGAUCGGCGAGAGUUCAAGAGUCAUCAAAGGACAGUAUCCCGAGCCUUCUGUUCUGACAUUACAUCAUAGGCUAUCACUCAGACAUUGUUGCCAUAGCAAAAUGCUUAGACGUAGUGAUGUGAUGACUGCUGACAUAUAUCCUCUGUGCCACAUUCUCCCUUUGCUGAGGACUCUUUGUAUAUAGAGGUUAAAUGAUGAAUGCCCAAGGAGUGUGGAAAAUGAUGCUAUGAGAAUCAAAGGUCUCUGAACUAUUUGAAGAUCAUAUAGACUGUAUAUGGACAACUCUUCGUUGUUUGGUGGAACUGUAUUGAUGUUUUUCAUCUACAAAACAAGCGAAAUUGCUUUGUGUUAAAAUAAAAAUGAAGAAAAAAUUAUUCAUCUGUCUUUAUCUUGGAUUGUGCAGAUUAUUACUGCACUACAUUUACUAUACACAAUAAAGUCAAGAUUAUACAUGAUGGCGGGUACUCUAGUCCAGUUAAGUAGGCCUUGGUCUUACUCUGUCCUGAAAUUAUGGGAAUCCAGACAUUUCAAGAUGGCAUUUACAUGAUAUGUUUCCUAUCUUUAAAUGGUUCUUCCCACAUGUUUUUAUGAUGAAGAGAACCGUUUCAGUAAUGUUAAAUGAGCUGACCAAUUGAACUUGUAGUGUUAGAGAUACCUGUCACAAUUGGCUAUCCAUAAUUAAACUACAACUUUAGACCAGAGUUCAGGAUAUAAGCAGAUUUGACUAAGGUUAGUAAAUCUCUAAUUUGAAAGAACGAUUCUGAUUGGUUACUAGUCAGUGUACUGAGCAAAAUUUGCAUGCAACGAUGAUCUUGAUAGGCCAUUCCCAGCAAUUAAUGUGCCUGUUAUGAGGCCCUGAUGUGGUGACAAAGUGCACAGGUUAUAAUGAACACACAAUAAUCAGCAAGUAAGUCUGUCAGAGUCAAAUCUUAUGGAACCUCAGAAAUCUGAUCAACUUUGAAGAGGUUAAUUUUACAUUUUGCAGUCUGAUAACAUAAGUGAAACUUUUCUUAUAGUAGAAUAAUCACUGAACAGGAAGGAAUUUUUCAGACUGGAUUGUAAAACUAUAUUUUAUUAAAUGGGUAAUAGUAACAUGAUACCAAGUAUCAAGCGCAGUAGAAGGGUUUCACACGCUGAUACUUGUUAAGGGAUGCAUUUUCAGAACAUGGAAAAAACUUGUUUAGGGUGCUUUUCGAAACCCCCAUGGUCACGCAUGGUAUCCACUAGUCAAUGGAAGUGCCCCCAUCCCCGGAUAUGCAUAUAGUUUGUAUAUAAGUGGACCAUAUUGUUAUUAUUAACCUCUUCCAAGUCUAAUUUCACCUAACUCGAACGGAUUUCUAAGGUCCUCAAGAGAUUUGUCCAAAAGUUAUUGACAAACACAUUACUUGUUUUGUGCUUACUUUUAGAGAAUUUGAUCAAGCCUUGGUUUUCUACAGCCAAGAGAGAAAAAAAUAUGUUAAAUUUUAUGUCUGAAAAGUCUCGCUGGAUUGCAAUAUUUGUGAGUUGUAGUAGUAUCACUGGGUUUUAUUUUAUUUUAAAGUAUGCUUAUGUAUAUCAAAUGUGCAAUUUAUCUUGUCCUAUAGAUAUUUUGAGAAAGAUUUACAGUAUUCAAGCAAUCUUUUGAGAGAGCUUUUUGUCUUUUGCAAUGAAAAGGUUCAAGUUAUUGAUAAAAUGCUGAUUGUGGAGGAUAAGAUCGUAGAUCUCAACGCGAGGGCUUUGAGUCUCGCUCAUGCCGAAACGCGUCUAACAAAAAAAUCUGAUGCUAUAGCGUUGUGUGUUAGCGUGCCUCACCACUGUAUUCAGUGCAGGUGUGAAUGCAGUUGGAAAACACUCCGUCCAUCGGAAAGGACGCAAAUGUUAGUUCCGUGUAUAGGAGAGUCACAACCUAUGCACGUUAAAACCAAUACACUAUUCGUCAAAGAGUAGGGUGUUCACCCGGUGUAUUGCACCUGCCUGUCCCGGCAAAAUUUAGGUCAAGUCAAGCUUGACGUUCAUAUGCCAUAAUAAUCAAUAAAAUGAUUGUGGGCAUUAACUGAAAGACAAGACAAGAAAUCUCUGUAAUUUCACCUUCCUCUUUUUGACCAAAUACAAAGUUAAAUACAUGGCAUUAGUUAUAUUCUAAUAUAAGAUUGGUGUAGUAAUUGUUUAUUUAAUUCAGAGCUGGAUAAAAGUUGUACUUGUAGUGCUUGUAAGGGAUAGAUUUGUAUAGACUCUUCAAACCUUGUUCCUUUCAGCAGCUCUUAAGCUGUCCCAGGAUGACAUUUUGUGCAUCAGUUUGAGUUGUCAUGAUGAAGUAAAGUCAAGUAUUGUAAUAUGGAAAGAAUCAUGCUAGUCUAUCUAAGUUAUAGUCUGAAUUUUAUUGAAUGUAUUGUUUUACUCUUAUUUUAUACAUUUGAGACUCCUCAUUUAAUUCAAGAGUCAUUAUCUCUAGCCAAUAUUUUCCUGCAAUGUGAGAUGGGCAUAAGUUCCGGUAGCCAAACAGAUAAGCAGAAAAAAAGUUACCAUUUCAAGACAGAUUCUUUCCUUGCUAUCAUUUUCAAUUGAUAUUGAGCAAUGUUACCACAGUACAGUGUAGUUCCCAAACGUGACUACUUCACUGAAAUCAAAGGGUUGAAGAAUAUAAUGAAAAACAAUGGAUUUUCUUGUAUAGAAAAUCUAUCUCUUAUGUCAUUGUUUUUUUUUAGAUUCAUUACAUUACAUUACAUGUAAUUCCUUAUUAACUAUUAUGAGUGACAUACAAUAUAUCAUGUGCAGAGCAUAAUAAACAUACUGAUAAUCUCUUUUAGUAUCAUUAUGAAUGAAGUUAUGAUGAAACUAAACCUGCAGCAGGUUUUUAUUGAAAUAAUCUUGUACAAAUAAUUGUAAAUAAAUAGUAUGAUAAAGUUAAAAGGAAAUGAAUGGUUUCAUCUCAUUCUUUUUCUCUUCAAUUGUCUGGAGUAUGACAAAUUAAUCUUUUUUUUAUUAUACAAUGACAGCAUCCACUAAUAUUCAUAAAGAUAUACAGUAUAUACAUAAAUAUACAUGCCAUACAAUUUUCACAUGUAGGCUGGACAACAUUGAUGUUGGUGAUGUCACAAUCCUGUAGCAGAGUGAAGGACUAAUUAUGUGUGAAAAUGUCCUGGCCCACAAUCAUCCUGACAGGCACAUCACUGUUUAUACAUCAUUCAUUAUGAACUUUUAAGCUCAGUUGACACUUGCACGCAUUGGGCCAAUGUGCGAACUAUGCGUGCCAGCUUGCGGAUAGGUGCGUGCCAAAAUUUUCAACAUGUUGAAAAUUUUGGCACGCAUUACAAAUUUGUGAACUGUUCGUGAUCUAUGCGCAACCUAGUCGUACCACUGCGUGGCAUCGAAAUAUAAAUUUUGUGGCGCCAAGAAUAGUAGGCACACCCCCCAGGGUAGUGGCACGCAGUUCACAACAGGGUCGCGCAUACUUUGCGCAUAGGCCAAGCAUACUUCACGCAUAGUUCACGAAUGAUAUGCGCAAAAUUGUGAGUGCAGACCACGUGAUCAGUGUGAGUUGUACUAAUCAACAAACGUAGAGGGUGUCAACACCAGAAAUGUGAAUAUUUAAAUUUGCGCUAGAUACGUCACAGAAUAGGGUGGUGUCGAGAAUAUUUGCUGAAAGCACGUCGGGACAUUGCGUGAACUGAUAUAGCAAAGUCGUGCCAUAAAGUGUCCCGCACUGGCACGCAUCAAUGCGGGCACCACAAUGCGUGCAAGUGUCAACCGGGCAUUAGGUUCUAAGCCCACUGCAAAGAACCGCUUCUCAAAUGUCAUCAUAUUGAGCUAUGACCCUGAAUAAACUCGGGGAAAUGUUUGGGCCUAACGCUUUUGUGUGCAGUCCAUUAAUGUAUUUCUGCUUGCAGUGCAUGUGACUUUCAGGAUACUCAAUUCAAUUUCUCAUCUUGUUGAGUCCCAAAUGCUACAGCAUUAUACACAUACUAAUUAUUUGGUGCACUUUAAUCAACAUAUUCCACUAAAAAAAAGUUGAGGCAUAUUCUUUCAUGAUUCGAUAUUAUGACCAAAACAAGGGAGCAUUGCAUGAACAAACUUGUCGGACGUUUUAUCAGACAAGUUCUGUUUUAUCUGAGUUACCAUAGAAACUGUGCUUCACAGCCAAUCAAAAUCAAGGAAAGAUAUUAAAUAUGACAACUUGUUAGAUGACAAAUGUUGAUGAAAUGCUCCUUUAUCUUUAAAAAUGACAAGGGUUUCCUCAAAAUGACACUUUGUUCAAUAGAACAGUGGACCAUCGAACCAAUUUCUGCAUAGUCCUUAGUAAUUAAGUUACUAGUAGAAAUUACGCAUUUGUAAAUAAUUUACAUUAAUUGUAUACUUUCAUUCACAAAAUAUGUCUGUUCAACUUGUAAUGAAAUAUUAAUAAAGCAAGACUUUUUCAUGUUUUUUUUAUUUAGAGGGUACAUUCUGCCAUCAUUUAUGGAAUUGACACAAUUUUUACAAUCUUUUCAAUAAAAUAAUUAUCCUUUGACCUAAUUUUUCUUAAUUUUU